AUGACAGAUACAGAUGUCCUAGACUACCCCUUUGUGCUACAGCAAGGAAUCAAUAAAGCCCCUGCCAAGUGGUCCCACUACCUAUUUAUGAGUCUCAUCUUGGGCCCAGGUGCGGAGACCUGGCCGACUCCACCGCGAGGGCCACCUCGCACUUCCACGCGCCACUCGGAAGGCCCAAAGAGCCUAAGCCGCGGAGGCAGCGCGCCCAGCCCGCCACCCGACCAGUCCGUUCCCCGCAGUCACAGUCAGCAGUCCGUGAGACCCGCAACCCUGCAGCCCUCAGCCGCUUGCUACACGUCCGCGUCCCUGUGGCCAAAUAUCGCGAGAUUUCCCUCCGCGGCAGCGCGCUCCGACGGCGGGCCGGCUCUUCGCUAUAGAGCACGGCUCAAGCAAAGAGGGUUGUUUUUUUCCUGUACUGGGGAUGGAACUCUGGACCUUUUACUUGCGAGGCAUUGUGGUGGAGCCACUGAGCUAAAUCCCCAGCCCUCUUUUCAGUUAUUUAACCAAGCAACCAGGAAUUUGAUUAGAAUCUGCUCUUUGCUUGACACACAAUACUUACUGCCCUCAAGGGCUCCACCAGCAAGGUCCUCGCUACAUUUUGAUUUCUCAAAAAUCAGCCGGCCUCAGAAGGUGUGUUUGUGUCCGUUUCUUCCAGUGCACCCUUUGCACAUCUCCACCCACUUGUAUAUUAUUCAGCAUCCAGCAGAGGAAAACAAAGUGUUGCGAACUGUUCCUUUGUUAGAGGCAUGCCUCCCCCAGGACAAGUGUAAAGUAAAGAUUGGUCGUCGCUUCAGCGAAGAAAGAGAUAUUGAACUUUCAGCUGUCUGCCGGAAGUCUGGUACAUUAAUAUUGUAUCCUGGUGCUGAAGCCGCUAAUUUGGAAGAAUUUAUAUUAGAUUCUCCUGUCUAUCCUUCUACAAUCAUCAUCAUUGAUGGUACAUGGAGCCAAGCUAAGGAUAUUUUCUAUAAAAAUUCCUUGUUCCGACUUCCCAAACAGGUGCAGUUAAAAACUAACAUUUCCAGUCAGUAUGUAAUUCGGAUGCAACCAACCAAUAGGUGCCUUUCUACACUGGAGUGUGCAGCUAUUGCUCUUUCCAUCUUAGAGAAAAACAAUUACAUACAGGAGACCUUGCUUCGUCCUCUUCAAGCUUUAUGCUCUUUCCAACUUCAACAUGGUGCUCAAAUUCGUCUCAGCAAGGAAUAUCUUCUGAAAAAUGGAUUAUAUCCUAAGCCAAUGCCAAAGAACAAACGCAAACUCAGGAAAAUGGAGCUCUUAAUGAAUAGUGUUAAAAUUUAGUACAGUUCCUAUGGUGCUAAUUUACCUGUUUUAGCUGAAAAUACUACAUUAAGUUUUCAUCAAGUUUAAGUUGUGGGCUUUUGACUUUCUGAAGAAUAAUGAGGGUUCCUAUUAAUCUUGUUGAGAAGAAGGAAGUAAACCAAAUAGCCAUAAAUAGAAAACUAAAACUCUGACUCAGUAAAAAGAAAUAUUUCAUACUGUAUUUAUUUUUAAAAACAUGCCUUUAAUACAUUAUUUUCUAAUCCAUAAUUUAGAAUAUAAUUAGUUGCUGAGCUAGGUAAGAAGACCUCAUAUAUAAAAUGAAAAGACAUUAUGUCUGAUUUGAGCAGUAUUGUUUCUUUUAAUGAGUGUGGAUUGUAGACUAAUAGGGUACAUCCUACAUCAAUUUGUGACCUUGUACAUGAAUUUUAGAGUGUGAAGUAAGUAGCAAAAGAAAAUAAUGAUCA